CAAUAGUCACUGCCUGCUGCGGGGCUGCAGCUGGAUACUAUUGGCCUUGACAGAUGAUCACGUGACUUAGUCGAAGAGGCAUCGGCAAAGCUUCGGUAUACGCAAGGCUAGCUAGACAUUAUUAGAUAGUUUUGACCGCAGUGUACAAGCUAGUUAAACGAACAAAGCAGUUGCUAGCUGCCUUUUAUAUUUGUAAGGCUGCUGCUAUGAAAUGAGGAAAACAUGGGAGCCAAAGAGUCAAGGAUAGGUUUCCUUUCGUAUGAUGAGGCUAUCAACAGAGUCACUGAUGUGGAGCUCCAGCGUCUGAAGGAUGCCUUCCGCAGGACCAGUGGCCUGUCCUGUUAUAUGAGCCAGCAGUGCUUCCUCAGGGAGGUGCUGGGAGACGUCGUACCACCCAGGGUUGCUGAGGUGAUAUACAGCUCAUUCGGCGGGACCCCUAAAGGCCUGCACUUCAACAACCUCAUUGUUGGGCUGGUUCUCUUGACUAGAGGACGUGAUGAGGAAAAAGCUAAAUACAUUUUCAGUCUGUUUGCCAGCGAUUCGGGCAAUCAUGCAACGCGAGAGGACAUGGAAGGCAUGCUGCAGACCAUGGAUGGAGAGAUCCCACUUUCUCUCAGGAAGUGUUUCUCAGAGGGUGAGAAGGUAAAUUAUGAGAAAUUUAAGAGCUGGCUCCUGCAGAACAAGGAUGCUUUCACCUUCUCCCGCUGGCUCCUGUCCAGUGGAGUGUGUGUCACACUGACAGACGAUAGUGACACACCCACCUUCUACCAGACCUUGGCUGGAGUAACACACUUAGAGGAAUCGGAUAUCAUUGACCUGGAGAAGAGAUACUGGCUGCUGAAAGCUCAGUCUCGGACCGGCCGAUUUGACCUGGAAACCUUUGUCCCGUUAGUUUCUCCCCCUAUUCAUGCAUCCCUAAGUGAAGGUUUGUUUCAUGCCUUUGAUGAAAACAGGGACAAUCACAUAGAUUUCAAGGAAAUCUCGUGUGGCCUAUCUGCUUGCUGCAGAGGGCCUUUGGCAGAGAGACAGAAGUUCUGUUUCAAAGUGUUUGAUGUUGACCACGAUGGGCUUCUGUCUCGGGAGGAAAUCACAGAAAUGGUUGGGGCAUUACUGGAGGUGUGGAAAGACAAUCGCACAGACCCUCUACCUGAAACGCACAGUAAUGUCCAUGCCAUUGUGGAAGACAUCCUGAAGGAGCAUGACACCACUAAGAAAGGGCAUUUGACCCUGGAGGAUUACCAAAUAUGGAGUGUGAUGAGUGCACUUGCCAAUGAGUUCCUCAACCUGUUGUUUCAGGUGUGCCAUAUUGUCCUGGGGCUGCGGCCUGCCUCGUGUGAAGAGGAGGGAAAGAUAAUCAGGGGCUGGUUGGAGAGAGAGAGCAGACACGGCCUCCAGCCAGGAGACUACUGGUUCCUCAUAGCAGUGCCGUGGUGGCAGCAGUGGAGGGACUAUGUCAAAUAUGACAACACGCAUAUCGUGGUGGAACAGCCGUCAGUGUUUGGCACUGGGAGGAGUGGUGUAGGGGCCCAGACGCAGGCCAGGGCAGAGCAGGGCCCAGAGGGGGAGAGCAUGGCCAGCUCCCACAGCUCCCCAGAGGAGAAGUUCUCAGACAACAUCUCCAGUGCAUCAGAGGCCUCUGAGACAACCAGUGGCAGUCUUCUACCCCUGGGCUCGACUCCUACGGAUAUUUGCUUUGCCCGGCAGCAUGAGACCCCAGAUGCAGACAACCAGUGCUUCCUGGGAGCUGAUGUGAACAUGGCGGUUCUAAGACCUGGGGCCAUCGACAACCAGCCCCUGGUCAUGUCGGAGCCCUUAAAGGCUCCCACAUUGACCAUGGAGGGGGGCCUACUGAGGCGCUCCCCAUCCCUGAUUCUAAGCAGGGACUUUGAGGUUGUGCCAGAGCCGGUGUGGAGGGCACUCUACCAUUGGUACGGAGCCAACCUGAGUCUCCCCAGGCCGGUGAUCAGAAACACCAAGACAGACUGUGCUGAGUUAGAGCUGUUCCCCCGACACCUGCUCUUCCUGAGGCAGCAGCAGCCCCCCGCCCGCACCCCCCAGAACAACGUCUGGGUCAAUAUGGGUAAUGUCCCCUCUCCUAGUGCCCCCUUAAAACGUGUGCUGGUCUACACGGGCUGUUUUAGUAGGGUGGGCACCAUCAAAGACAUCCAUGAGUACCUGGCCCAGAGACUCCGCAUCAAGGAGGAAGACAUGCGCCUGUGGCUCUUUAACAAUGAGAAUUAUCUGACCCUUCUUGAUGAUGAAGACCAUUCCCUGGAGGGGUUGAAGAUCCCAGAUGAGCAGUACAUGGUUAUAGAAGUAAGGAGCAAGGACAUGAGCUGGCCUGAGGAGAUGUCCUUCAUCGCUAACAACAACAGGAUGAACAGACACAAUGUCCCUACUGAGAAAGGUGCGACUGGACUGAGCAACCUUGGCAACACGUGCUUCAUGAACUCCAGUAUCCAGUGUGUGAGCAACACUAAGCCUCUCACAGACUACUUCACCUCAGGAAACCACCUCUAUGAGCUCAACAGGACCAAUCCCAUUGGGAUGCGCGGUCACAUGGCCAAAUGCUAUGGCGAUCUGGUACAGGAGUUGUGGAGCGGAACACAAAAGAACUUGGCCCCUCUGAAACUCAGAUGGACGAUAGCGAAGUACGCCCCGCGCUUCAAUGGCUUCCAGCAGCAGGACUCCCAGGAGCUGCUGGCAUUCCUGCUGGACGGCCUUCACGAGGACCUGAACCGCGUUCACGAGAAACCCUAUGUAGAGCUGAAGGACAGCGACGGGCGGCCAGACUGGGAGGUGGCUUCUGAGGCGUGGGAGAAUCACUUGAGGAGGAACCGCUCCAUCGUGGUGGAUCUGUUCCAUGGCCAGCUCAGGUCACAGGUCAAGUGCAAGACCUGUGGCCAUGUCAGUGCACGCUUCGACCCCUUCAACUUCCUCUCUCUCCCCCUACCCAUGGAUAACUCCAUGCACUUAGAGAUCAUAGUCAUUAAGCUGGAUGGGUCAUGCCCAGUGCGGUAUGGGCUCCGGCUCAAUGCGGAUGAGAAGUACACAGGCCUGAAGAGACUCCUGAGUGAACUCUGCUGCCUUAACCCUGAGCAGAUCCUCCUGGCUGAAGUCCAUGCCUCUAACAUCAAGAAUUUUCCACUGGACAACCAGAAAGUGCGUCGGGCGGUGAGCGGCUUUCUAUGUGCGUUUGAGAUCCCGGUGUCAGGCGUAUCCACGUCUGUGGUGUCCUCCCCCACGCAAACAGAUGGUGAUGAAGCUCCAGCGCUAGCGAAUGGGAAUGCUGCCAAGGUAACUGAGAGUAACUCUCUGAAACUAGGAAUGAUCCCCAAGGGCAUGCCCAGCACUGUAGUGCCCUGUGUCACAGAGGGCAGCCUUGCCAAUGGUCUCCCCAACGGCCAUGUGAUGCCCCCUCUGGACAGCCCCUUCGCUGGGUACAUCAUCGCCAUCCAUAGGAAGAUGAUGCGGGCAGAGUUAUACUUCCUGUCCAGUCAGAAAAACCGACCCAGUCUGUUUGGGAUGCCGUUGAUCGUGCCGUGUACAGUCCACACCAGGACCAGGGACCUGUAUGACGCUGUUUGGACCCAGGUGUCCCGCUUGGCCAGUCCCUUACCCCCUCAGGAGGCCAGCAACCACGCCCAGGACUGUGAUGACAGCAUGGGCUACCAGUAUCCCUUCACCCUACGCGUGGUGCAGAGAGAUGGCAACUCCUGCGCCUGGUGUCCGUGGUACAGGUUCUGCAGAGGCUGCACAGUGGAGUGUAACGAUGACAGGGCUGCUGUGGGGAAUGCCUUCAUGGCUGUGGACUGGGACCCCACUGCUCUACACCUCCGUUACCAGACCUCUCAGGAGAGGAUCGUGGAGGAGCACCCCAGUGUGGAACAGAGUCGCAGGGCCCAGGCAGAGCCCAUCAGUCUGGACAGCUGUCUGCAGGCCUUUACCAGUGAGGAAGAGCUGGGAGAGGAUGAGCUCUACUACUGCUCCAAGUGCAAGACCCACCGCCUGGCCACCAAGAAACUUGACCUGUGGAGGCUGCCGCCCAUCCUGAUUAUUCAUUUAAAACGUUUCCAGUUUAUGAAUGGGCGGUGGAUCAAAUCACAGAAGAUUGUAAGGUUUCCCAGGGAGACAUUUGAUCCCAGUGCUUUCCUGACCCCGAGAGAUGCAGACCAAAGCCAACAGAGCUGGAGGGACGGGCUAGGGGAGGAGCUACACGACACAGAGGGAGGAGUACCAAAAUCUGGGGGUGGAGACACUGUCUGUAACCCCACCCUGACUCUCAACAAUGGGAAAGAGUCUCUGUGCUCAGGGAGGAUGGCCAGCACUCCCCUCAGCAGAGAUGUCAGCCCCAACUGCAGCCCACAGAGUGAGGGCAGGAGGCAGGGCCGUGGACGGGUGUUGCCCCUGGAAAGCAGGUACCAGCUAUCCCUCAGUAAAGAGAGUCUGGACAGUGGCAGGGAGAGCCCCAUGGAGCUCGAGGCCAGCGGGGUGGGGAUGGGGAGCAGGGGAGAGGGCCUCAGCGACUCUACCUCUGGAGAGGACACGGCCAGGGACUGUGACAACACAACGUCUGUGUCUGAGCUGGAGAGCAAUGGCUACACCGAGGACAGCAUAGAUCUGGAGGCCUCCCAGGACCAAAGAGACAAAAUCUGCUUGGACCCAAUGUACAACUUGUAUGCAAUUUCAUGCCAUUCAGGGAUCCUCGGAGGAGGCCACUAUGUGACAUAUGCCAAAAACCCAAAUGAAAAGUGGUACUGUUACAACGACAGUAGCUGUAAAGAGUUGCGGUCAGAGGAGAUUGAUGCAGACUCUGCCUAUAUCCUGUUCUACGAGCAGCAGGGAGUGGAUUAUUCUCUGUUCAUGCCCAAAACUGACGGCAAAAAGAUGGCAGACACAACUAGCAUGGACGAGGACUUUGAGUCUGAUUAUAAGAAGUACUGUGUUCUUCAGUAAUGAACUGUUGAUGUGUCAAUGUGCUGCUGGUCCAUCGACAUGCUUGUGCUAGAAAACCACCUUACUAUUUGAAUCUGAAAUCUCUCAGGUUGAGAUGAGCUGAACCUUAGAAAUCAUCCCUGGUGGUUAGAAGUGGACCACAAACCAUUUUUACACCACCUCUUCUUAGUGGAUAGACAUUUUUUUUCAAGCAAUGGUACUCAAGUUAUUUCGCGCUAGCGAUGUCAAACAAAAUGGAGGGCUGUGUAUUGGUUUGUUUCAGCAUCAACACCUUGUCGGAGGGUGACCAUGCUUAGGCCCAUGGUGCUGGUCCUAGGCCAGAUGUGACAAGUGUGUGUGUGUGUGUUUGUUUGUAAACCAAUGCCAGUGGCAAUAUGUGUAGACACUAGACACAUUUGAUUGGUAUUCUCUGUAGUUAAAGAUGUUAUAAUACAAUUGAUCUAGUGAAAUGUAACUGAAACACCCCCCCCCCCUCAUUGAAAUCUACAAAAAAUUAUUGCAGUAGAAGCAAGUGUUCACUACCUCAUCAAACCCUGCUUUGGACAGUAGUCAAAUCCAUAGUCACAAUUCUAAAAUGUCUCUUUAGAAAAUACCCUUUUUUGUUGUCCUCAAAUGUAAAGGAGUCAGAUUCCAGACCGAUAGGCCUGGAUUAAAUUCAGUGUUGCUGAACUACAUUCAUGUAUUUGCAUUGCAAUGUAUCUCUGUCUUUGGUGUUCAUUAUGCCAGGUCUGCUAAGAACAAAGCCUCAGACCCCUUACCUAUCUGAGACAAUCUUCCUGUAGCGUCUGCUUGUCCCAUUCUGUGUGCAGGUCCAUUCCAACAACAUAUCAGUCUGUGCCAUUACAACAUUGUGAUGUUAUCACAUCAACAGUUGACUUUCAUUAUAGUAACUACCAGUAGGCCAUGUCAUGCUUUAUUAUUGUGCCCAAUUUAACACAAUUCUUUAUGCAAGUAAUGAGAUCACAACUUCAAAGAGCAUAAGUUGUGGAUAAUGUUGUAUCUUUCUGAAUGCCAUAGGUAUGAUGUAUUUGAUUUAGGCAGAGGGACAUUUCUUACAGUUUUGAGUGGUUGCACCUUACCGUUAUGCGACAAGUGAAUAGGUAGCUUUUCCCCUAGGCGCUUCGGAAAACAUGUAUUUAUUGUAGCUAUGUUGACAUGCACUAUGUGAAACAUUGUCACAAGGAGUUCAAUGAAUCUAAUCAUAUGAAGACACAAAAAUCUAACUGUUUAGGCCCUGAGCUAUAUCUGUUACAAUCCACAGCUCUCAUUUCUGCUCUGUCUUUAAAGGCUUGUUGAGGUGUAUGCUUUUAUUUGGUUAAUCAAUUACUGAUUAUAACAUCUGCACAGAAACCCACCCACUCUACCUGAUGUAUGAUGGUAGUACGGUAAGCAUUCUGAUGUCUUUCAUUUUUUUACAUUUUUAACCUUAGCUAACUGCUGCGGUGGUCAUUUUCAGUAUUGUCCCUCUGAAAACCUUGAUACAGUGAUUACUACUGAAUGUUUUUUAUUUGUCUAUUUAGUUGUAAUGUUUUCUUUUGAUUUAUUAUUAAUUUAAUGUACUUUUCUAAAAUGUUUAGUCUAAAUUUACUUUGCACUGACCCUUGUUGAAAAAUGAACAUGUACUGUACAUAAAUACUUUUGGAAAAAGGAUGUAUUGGAAUAUGAACUGUAAAGAUCUGUCUUGUAUAUGGAGUGACUAGUUUAUCUAACUAUUAAAGCAGGCAGCCAAUAAAAUACACAGCUUUUGUGUCCCUUUUCAUG